AUGCACAAACAUACAUACACAUGCACACACAUGUGUAAUUUUAAAAACUUUUUAAAAAUCUAAUUUGAUUGGCAAAUUUCAAAGCAAAACCGAAUAGACACCAAAUACAUGUCCUCAAGGGUUUUCUAAAAGACACAGAGAGUGCUAUCUAUCCUUGCAAAAGACUGUAUUAUGGGCUAAACUUCUGUUGGAUGUGUUUCUGAUAGCAGAAAAGGGUUGGCCCGAGACAUCUAUUUUCCUGUCCAGCUUGUCUUACAAUGGCCCAUGUUUUCUCUCUGGUGUGGACUUGGCUUAGGGCAGAGAAUGAACAGUGCCUCUCACCUUGGCCUGAAGAGCAAUACAGGCUUACCUGCAGACUUGGAGCUCGGCCAGCUCUGCAUCAGUGGACGGCAGAGUUUGUCAGAAGUGACCGAGCAUACCCACUACUGUCGUUACGACGGGAUUUUAAACACUUCAUUCUGAUACUUCACGCUGGUCCUUGGACAAGAAGCACGGCUUGCUCUGAGGAUGGGGUGGCGGCCUUCCGUGCCUUCUUGAAGACAGAGUUCAGCGAGGAGAACCUGGAGUUCUGGCUGGCCUGCGAGGAGUUCAAGAAGACCAGGUCGACUGCAAAGCUGGUCUCCAAGGCCCACAGGAUCUUUGAGGAGUUCGUGGAUGUGCAGGCCCCACGGGAGGUGAAUAUUGAUUUCCAGACCCGAGAAGCGACAAGGAAGAACAUGCAGGAACCAUCCCUGACUUGUUUUGACCAAGCGCAGGGCAAAGUACACAGCCUCAUGGAGAAAGACUCUUACCCCAGGUUCCUGAGGUCCAAAAUGUACUUAGAUCUGCUGUCCCAAAGCCAGAGAAGGCUCAGUUAGACCUCAGAUGGGGGACUCUUGGAAGUCAUUGGCUUUCCCUUCCCCUUGCUGCCAAGACCAUAUUCUAAUGUGAAACGCCAUAAGUGUUCAAAGGCGCUGGGGCUUGAGAUGGGAGGCUGGGGGUGACCAGGGAAUGAAGGGCUGUUCCAAAGUAUGACCCAGCUUCUGGAGCUGGGACGCUCUUCCAUUUACCCAGAUUUAUGUUUUGGUUAGAGGUAGCAGCGCUGCUGACAUCCAUCUCUGGGUGGGCCAGUACCUGGCCCUUCAUACGCCUUCCGUCAUCUCCACUGAGAAGGCAGAUUCACUGUGCCGGGCUAUUUGUAAAUAAUGCAAACGCAGUUCCCAUCACCUCCACACCAUGCCCUCUCCAGCAGGAUUCCUGAUCUUCACCUGGUCCUUUACCCAAGGGAGGAGUAGCUAGAAGACUCAGGUUCUCACUUGGAAUUUGCGGUCACAAAUCGGUGAUUUAAUCUGAGUACCAGGACCUCACAGUUUAGAGGAGAGGUCUCUUGGAAAUUUCAGAUUUCUAGCACCAUUGACAGGUGACCUCUGACAAAGGACAUAUUCCCAGGAGUUGACCUUGUCUUCCAUCUCCGAAGGACCACUAUGGGAGGAGUCUGGGGUCCCUGAUUAGCCUAAGGAAUUCAAUGAACUUCCCUAUACUUGCAGCUCUAGAGAGGGUCUUGGGAAACUCCCCCCAUAACUUCUGAGUGGAGCUGUCCUUUUGAAAGAGAGACCUCGGGAAUCUUCCCCAAUUUAUCGAGAACUUUUCUAGAAGCGGAGUGGCAAGGGAAUGUAGCAUCGGCGAACUUCUGUGCAGUGAGCCUCUGUAGAACCUGUCUGUUCCCUAGCGCAUUCUGUGUCCUCACCUCCCCAUGGCGUUACACAUCCCUGAUCUCUUAGGCUGAAAGACAGUUUGGCAAAGGGAGGUGAAUUCCCACAGCAUGACAGCUUUCCUAGUGCUCUCCUGCCACGCCACCUCCUCCUUCCAUGCAGGCCAUGUAACCACGAUGGGGGAGAAUGGGAUCCUAGGCUGACACUCCCCUUGCAGCUUGUUUCCUGAGCACACUUCCUUAGAAAGGGUCCACUCUUGGCUAUUGAGAAGUAGCUGCCUUCUUGGUCUCUGGCUUUUGGGACUAAACAUGAACUGGGAAGAUCACUGUGAAUACCAGGCUGUGGAAACUUUCCUACAAGGCUAGUGUGGUACCCUGGGGUAUCUUGGAAAUGUACCGGGAUACACUUUCUUGGAAGAGCCAGGAGCAGCACGGAAUCUCUGCGGUUAUCCAGGAAAAAUCUGACCAGGAAACGGAAGACGAACCUGGAAGCUGCUGGUCUCUGGGUGGACUGGAUCACAGAGAAUGUGGCAGAGGCACUACUUGGGAUAAUCCACAGCUAGUCAACGUGGGUUCAUGGAAGAACCACAAACUUUUCAGCUUGAGCGAAUGAAAUAGUCCAUGGCCAGACUGCCCUGGAUAGCAGGUGGAGGAAGGCUGGGCUGACACUCUGCUUUUGUGGGAACCUAGCCCUUCUGGGAUAGUCUAGGGUUUGAAUUCUGGUCUUGGAGAAUCAAUUCCUUCCUUGGUUGUAGUGGACAAGGCUAAGAAGGCCCUUGAGUCACAUCGUGUUAGUGCCAACUGUCCUCCGAGUGGCACGGUGUCAUCUGUGAGUGGGUGUUGGUGUCUGUGUGUGAACCUCAAGGAGAGAUUAAAAAAAAAUACCUGUUUCCUAGGCCCCACACUGAAGAGGCCCAUGGCAGUGACAGUUAGUAAGAACUCUGAAGCUUCAGAUGGCGUUCCUAGUUAGGUCAGAGAGAUUCCCCCACCUUCUUAGCUAAAGCUGCCAGAGUUAAUGUAAUGAUUAAAUUCUCUAACAGGGUAU